AUGCCUUACGCAACUCUCCCCUACCCCGUCUCCCGCAGCCCCAGCCCAGCCCGCUCCCACUCCGACAUCUCAGACCUCGCACUCCCCAGCCCGCUCAUCCCCGUCGACCCUCGCCCCUUCCAGGACGUGCAGCUAAUCGGCCUCAGACACAGCGCCUACGCCUCUUACGUCCCCCGCUCCGGCCCCAGCUCCCCGCUCUUCUACCCCGAAGACCACCCCCAUGGUCCUCCCACCCCGGCGCACGACUGCUUUGGCGACAGGGACUACCCUCCCCGGUCACUGCUCCUCGCCGAGUCCCUCCCGGAGACGCUCCACACGGCUCUCAGCAUCGACAUCGCAGACGAGCUCGGCAUCGUCGUCGUCCUGCCCCCGACCUUCUCCCGGCCGCCGCAGUGGGAGACGACGCCCUACGCGCCGGAGCCGGACCCGUCGCCAGAGGGAGGCGUCAUCGAGUUGCUUGCGUACGGACCGCAUGCCGGCGUGAACCCGAGGUAUCUUUCGGACGCGGCGUUUAUGAUUGAGAUUCGUGAUGAGGAGAGGCUGAGGGAGAACAUUGGGGAGGGACUGACGUUUCGCUCGUUGAGGCAUAUGCUUGAGGCGUAUUACGAGCUUCUAUACGGGUCGAGUUGA